AUGGCGUCGCGCCGCAUCGUGAGUGCGCCUGUGCGGACCUUGGAGAGCUCCAACAACGAUGCGGCAUUGAUUGAGACACUCUGCGUGCAUCCUGAUGUGCGCAUCGUGUCGUUCGUAGCAGCUGUCGAUGCGCUACCACCGAGCCCAGCCAUAGCCCGCGAACAAGCUGGAACACUGGCUUCGACCUCCCGGCUGCAGAGGACAAUUGCUGUUGGCUCGUGUCGCAUUUACAAGGCGCCUGGCUCGGUCGCAUUUAUCAGCUGUGGCGCCGCCUUGCAACCGAUACUUCCCAAGAGCCAGUGUUGGGCGAUCGACGAGCACGACUGCACUUUCGCACUUCAAAUUCGCCGGCCGACUUUUUGGAGGAUCGAACUACCUUCCACCACUGAAAUCGACCUUGAACGAGCGAAAACAUUCAGAGAAACACUAAGCAAGAUUUUGCAGUUUGAGAGGACGCCUUGCCCCUUUCAAAGAGGCUUUACGAUCGAGCUCCCUGAAGAACCGGAUGAACCUGUCAAGAAGAUACCAUGGACACCGAAGCGAAACGGCAACGAUUAUCGGCCGGUCACAGCCGGUGCGGCAUUGGGUGGGAACCCUGACUGGACGCCUCCCGACGCGGACCUGGCGUUGCGCAGCUCCCCGAAGAGCGAAGAAACACACACCAAGAGACCUGGCCGGCGCCGGAGAUCAAGUAGCUUUUCACAGGCAUCGUUUGCGACUCCUGGAGAGGCCUGCUUCACACCCACAAAGGUGAAUGCCUGCGGUCAGGACCAGGAUCCGCCGGAUGAUACGAGGAAUCUAUGCCGGUCUCCAUCUGUUGACUUUAGCAACCCUGCAAAGCUCUCUGUAGGACCGGAUCUACCCAAGACGAUCUUCACCAAGACGUUUGGUGCCCUCAUCGCACCACCUACAUACCUUAUCACGCUCAUGCUGCGGAUAGCUGCCCAGCUUAGUCCACCGCCGCAGACCACACAGAGUACGCAUGGUUCGAGCCGAUAUAUGCACAUGCCCGGACAAUGGGAUGAUUUCGGCGACGAGCUUAGCGAGUAA